UAUAAAAAGCGGUGCAAACUUAAGGCCAUUACAUGCAGGAUCUCUCCAACCGUCACAAUGGGAAGGAUAACCUUCUACGAGGACAAGAACUUCCAGGGCCGCUGCUAUGAGUGCAGCUCUGACUGCCCUGACCUGCACUCCUUCUUCAGCCUCUGCAACUCCAUCCGAGUGGAGAGCGGUUGCUGGGUCCUGUACGAGCGCCCCAAUUACAUGGGGUACCAGUACUACUUGAGGAGAGGGGACUAUCCUGACUAUAACUGUUGGAUGGGGUUCAGUAGCUGCAUCAGAUCCUGCCGCAGUGUUCCAACGUACAGGGGAUCUUACAGAAUGAAAAUUUAUGAGAAACCAGACUUCAGUGGCCAUACGAUGGAGUUCAUGGAUGACUGCGCUUGUGUCUCUGACCGCUUCCACCAUCGGCACAUCUAUUCCUGCAACGUGAUGAACGGCUCCUGGGUCUUCUAUGAGUAUCCCAACUACAGAGGGAAGCAGUACUUCAUGAGGCCCGGAGAGUACAGGAGAUAUCGGGACUGGUGUGCCACUAGUGCAACUGUUGGAUCUGUCAGACGUGUAAUAGACAGUUAUUAAAAUCUGAUGCAUAUUCUUGUACUGGACAGAACGAUCCUUAAUAGGAAUAUUUCUGAUCUUUGAUGCAGCUGGUGUCUUUUCGUUGAAGACAUUUUUAAGAAAUUGUGCAGCUCUAUGCAGUGUGUUCAAUCAUUUACCGGAAGCAAACUAAACAGACUGCCAGGUUCCUAAAUGCAGUGGAACAGGUAGUGCGUCAAUAAGGUAAACAUUUGCUGUAUUUAUUUUUAAGUGAUAAAAAAUAUGUAUAUUUACAGUAUUCUUUCAGAAAUGGGAAUUUUCAUGUGGUACACAUUAUUACACAGCAAUGGGUACAUUUCACGGAAAUCAUGAAAUCUUUAAUAACCAUCAAAAAAUAAAUAAAUACAGCCUUAUUUAUAAUACAUAUUUAAAUGUUAAAUGCACUGAAUAAUAUACUGAAAUAAAACUAUGAGAACAAACUUAA